CUGGUGAUCUAAGCAGGUAGCUAACUGUGGUAGUACUACGUACUCAGCUAGCAAGCAAUGGUGGCUAUGGGUAUGUAUUCCACAAAGCGUGGCGUUGUGUGGUGCGCCGGCCUGCUCGUCGUCGCCGGGCUUCUUAUCGCGGUCGCGGCAGCGGAUGCAGAUUUCUGCUGCGAGGAAUGCCGCGGCGACACCGAUUCCUUGGGGGGUUGCGUCCGCCGGUGCAGAUCUCCUCAGCUUGAGGUUGCACGGCCGACGAACUGCGUCGCCCUCUGCCAUGCCAAGCCCAACUUCAUGGCCUGCUGCAAGUAUGUCCGACGAGCGACUCCGCGUCUCCGCCGGGCCGGCGGGGAAUCAACGACGCAUGAAGAAGAAGAAGAAGCAAGCGGAGGAGCAGUGCGCGUCCUGAAGGCGCCGGCCCCGGCGCCGUGUGAAGUGCUCUGCCGCGACCAGCCGGACUGGGUGGCCUACCAGCGGUGCCUCGAUCGCUGCCGAUGGGGAGCGUGUCUCCGACGAGCGCUUCUUCAUCUUGAGCUUGCCGGCAGGGAGUCAGCGACACAUGAACAAGUCCUGACGGCCAUGGCGGUGCGGCUCUCGGAUGCAUGCCAGGACUCGUGCCAAAACCACGCGCACUAUGACUGGUGCGUCCGUCGCUGCCGGUUUGGGCCGCAUCUCAGGCUUGCCGGUGGCGGUGGGGAACCAGAAGAAGCCGGCGGGGGAGCAGUUGAUGUUCCCCAGACGGUGGGUCAACGACACAUGAAGAAGAAGAAGAAGAAGACGGUGGCGGGGGCACGGCCGAUGGACUCUACCGACCCGUGCGAGGGCUACUGCGUGGAGCAAACGCGUUAUUUCCCCAGGCCCGGGCAGUUCUACGAUUGCGUCGAGGAGUGCCACGCCGGCCAUGGUCGGCUCGCCGUCGACGGCAGGAAUGGGAUCCUCCGUCGCGUCGAGCGGGAACCAGAGACGACGGAUGACCAGGUGCAGCUUGGCAGCGGCGGCAGGAAUGGUGAGGCUGCUGUUGCUGCUGCAGGAGCACAAGCGAUGAAUACCGAGUCGUGCGAGGCCUACUGCAAAAGGCAUGCCCGAGAUUUCCCCCCCAAGUACGCUGCCUGCGUGCGCCAGUGCCAGUCAGGUGGGCACCCCGGGGACGGCAUAGCCGCCCGUGUCAGGCAGGAACGGCACAAGAAGGACGGCAAGAAGAUAGCCAUCGAAUAGGCCUGCCCAUUUGCCUUCGUUGUAUUGAGCUUAGCUAGCUAGCCAGCUCGUGUUCUUCUUUUCUUUGUCCACAUAAAAUAAUGGUCGGCUACUAGGGGGCCGUCGGCACUGCCACGCCGUGCCAUUGUUUGCUUUAAUUCUGUUUGCUGAAACAAAGCUUCCAUGACUUCUA